AUGACGAAAGAUGGAAACACAACCAGAGUUGUCAAUGCUGACAACACUCCUGGUACCAUCACCAUAGUUCAGUUCAACCUCGCUUCCCAACUACCCAUCAAACUUAGUGGCAGUCACAAUUUUGCUACUUGGAAAGCUCAGUUCUCCAUGCUUAUGCAUGGUCAUGACCUCUAUGGUCAUCUUGAUGGAUCUACCCCAACCCCCAUUCCGAGUACCACUUUUGGAACCAACACAACCCCUAAUCCUGCUUACAUACUUUGGUUUCGUCAGGAUAAACUUAUUCAAAACGCCCUUAUAGCUUCCGUUGACCCUACCAUAGCCUCCGCAGUUGCCGAUGCUAACACAUCAAAACAGGCUUGGGACUCUUUGCACACUGCCUACGCAAACAAGUCCCAGACCCGAAUCUUCAGUUUUCGUGAUCAACUUGGCCGAAUCACCAAAUUUACCACUCCUAUCACCGAGUACCUUCAAUGUAUUCGGUCCCUUUCAGAUGAGCUUGCUACUGCCGAUGCCCCUGUCACUAAUUCCGAACUCAUAGUCAAAAUCCUUAGUGGACUUGGCCCUGAGUUUCGUGUGAUCUCGGCUUCCAUACGGGCACGUGAUACUAUAGUUACCUAUGAAGAACUAUAUGAAAAUAUGCUUGACCAUGAGCUCUUUCUUCGGCAUGAGGAAGCUAAGAAAACCCCUGGUCCUAUCACCGUAGCUGUUGCCACUCACAACAAGUCAAAUAACAACACCAAUAACUCUCAAUCAUGGCGCCAAAAUGCUCGCCCCAAUAAUGCCAGCCAAUAUCAUCCCCCAAACAAUAACACCACUAUUGUUAUUCGUUGUCAAUUAUGCAACAAGUUUGGCCAUGUUGCAAGUGUUUGCCGAUCCAAGUCACACAAUCACUUUGAGGCUAAAGCCAAUUACAUCACAGGCUUCAACACUACUGCUAACCCAUGGAUAGUUGCCUCUGGUACCACACAUCACAUCACAACGGAGCCGCAUAACCUACAACCAUACCACGUUACCGAGGAUGUCUCCAUGAGUGAUGGUAACAAAAUUCCCAUCUCACAUACUGGUUCUAGAUAG